AUUCUCGGAUUCUUUAGUCCAACUGUCCAAGGACAAGCUUCCAACUUUCAGUUUCACAAGUACACAGUCCCACAUUAAUUGUUUUGUUUUUUGUUUUUUUCCUCGGAAUUUAAAUUGUAUUGUUGCACACAAAGAGAAUGAAUGAAGCAAUCAAGAGCGAGCAUGCGUAUGAUGUGGUGCUGGAAGUUUGAGCCACCAUCGCCUUAAAUUCCUUGCCUUUCGUCUACUCUUUAGCUGUCUAUGUACUACUUCUACUUCAUCACUCAAAAGAAAGGUUACCUUUUUCUUCAAAAUUCUUUCACCCUUUGACAGAUCUCAAAGCAAGAUGCCUUGAUGAGACUGUGGCUCUGCAUUCUCCAUGGAACUUGUUUUCUGUAAAUGGGUCUGUGCUUUUCUGCUGUGCUGCUCUCUCAUCUUUUCUAUUGGGCACUCAGGUUUGUGGAGGGAUUGCAUGGAAGUUCAAAAGUUAGAGGAGUGAACUUAGGUGGAUGGUUGGUUAUAGAAGGAUGGAUAAAGCCUUCUCUGUUUGAUGAUAUUCCCAAUGGAGACAUGCUUGAUGGUACAGAGGUCCAAUUCAAAUCUCUCACUUUGCAGAAGUAUAUUUCUGCAGAGAAUGGGGGUGGCUCGGGUGUUACUGUGGAUAAAGAUACCCCGUUAUCAUGGGAAACAUUUAGAUUAUGGAGGGUAUCAGAAUCGAUCUUUCAGUUCCGAACAUCCCAGGGACAGUUUCUAUCGUGCAAUGAUAACGGAGGCAAUGUGACUGCAACUGUGCAAUCGCCUUCUGAUUCAGAGACGUUUUAUGUCGAAAGGAACUAUAACAAUAGAGUUCACAUCAAACUCAAAAAUGGAGGUUAUUUGCAGGCCUCAAAAGACAACCAGCUCACAGCAGACUAUCGAGGGACACCAGGUUGGGAUGAUAAUGCUGCCACAUUUCAAAUGAUAAUUGCGUCAAAUAAUUAUCAUGGGGAUUACCAGCUUGCUAACGGAUAUGGCCAUGAUAAGGCAAAAGAAGUUCUUAAAAAGCAUAGGAACAGUUUUAUCACGGUAGACGACUUUGAUUUCCUUCACAGGCAUGGAAUCAAUACAGUUAGGAUACCUGUUGGUUGGUGGAUCGCUUUUGAUCCCAACCCUCCCGCCCCUUUCAUUGGGGGAACCUUAGAAGCUCUCGAUAAUGCAUUCACUUGGGCACAAUCCUAUGAUAUAAAGUGCAUUAUUGACCUUCAUGCGGCCCCUGGUUCCCAAAAUUGGAUGGAACAUAGUGCUAAUAGGGACGGCACAACAGACUGGCCUACAUCUCAAGAUUCCAUAUCAAAAACCUUGGACGUGAUAGAUUUUCUCGCCCACAGGUAUGCGAAGCAUCCAGCCUUGUUGGGAAUUGAGCUUUUAAACGAGCCAUCUGCUGCAGGGGUCCCGUUGGAUGUCCUGGUGCCGUUUUACAAGCAAGGAUAUGAGAUUGUUCGAAACUAUUCUUCAACCGCUUAUGUCAUUUUUUGCCAAAGAAUUGGAAAUGCAGAUCCAAUUGAACUUUACCAGGCUAACCUAGGCUCGGUAAAUACCGUUGUUGAUUUGCACUACUACAAUCUCUUUGACAGAUACUUUGAUAACCUAACUGCCGAGGAGAAUAUUCAAUUUAUAUAUAAUAGUAGACAACCCCAAGUUCAGUCUUUGAACGGUGCAAAUGGACCACUCGUUUUUAUUGGAGAGUGGGUUAACGAAUGGAACACGACUGGUGCUUCUCAAAUCGACUACCAAAAUUAUGGUCGAGCCCAGUUAGACGUAUAUAAUAGUGCGUCUUUUGGAUGGGCUUACUGGACUAUAAAGAAUGAUAGAAAGCACUGGGAUUUAGAAUGGAGUGUUCAGAAAAACUAUCUUCAACUACAAACAGGUAAAUCAGAAACGAGGAAGAUGUGUUACGUUGCAGCAUUACUUGGGUUGGCCGGCAGUUGGUUCCUCGUUUAAUGAUAUUAUUGCGACGUUAUUAGCAGAUUGAGGAAGAGCUAUGUUUUGUUUCUUGCCCGCAGCUCGACCUUCGGAGUGAUGCAGAAAGUAAGGAAAAUAUUUGUGUGUGCAGAUGCAGAGAGGAAUAUGGAUCAUGUCCUGAGAAUAGUAGCAAUGUAAGAGGGAAAAAAGAGACAGACAUUAAUCAUUAAUUCUUUGAGUGUCGUUUGUGUUGGAAAUGCUCAUAUGCAAUACAGUAGUUGUUAUUUUUUGGCACA